GUAGCCGGACACAGAAGCUGGACGCAUUUGGUUCGAUCCGGAAGCACUGUUCUGCAAUAUCCCUCUUCGUUACUUUUUUAAAAUCGUAUUGCGAAGUUUUGUUGCAUUCCAAAUUUUAACUUGCUUUUUUAAUUACAAGUUAAACCAAAUCCUUAGUGAACAGCGAACGGAGAAGCGCAACUCAAUCGGUGAAUGAAGGUGGAUUCGGAACACCUGAAAACAAAAAAUUAAUUAAUUAGCAACAUGAUUAAUAACCGCUUCACUUUCCUACUGCUGCUGGUUAUCACCUGUUGCAGUAGACCAGUCUCUUGCCGCAUCUAUCAAACAAUUGACGCCAUCAUCGUUGAAGCGGACGAAAUCGUCAACCGAACUGCCCGAUCGGCAGUCUACGACAGCAGCGAAGUCGAUUUGUCAGUUGACUUUAGUUACCCUACAUCCGACCAGCUGGCUUUACCCAGUCAGACGUCUUUGCUAUCAGAACGAGCCUGCAGAACUGUGGAUGGGAACGUGGGUACUUGUGGCUCCAUUCGGGAUUGCUAUCCUAGCAUCAAGCUGCCAGAGUCGAAAAACGUCGAGAAAUGGAUCAUCGACUCAAGUGGCAGUUGCAAUUACGCCAAAUCUAAUGGCAAAGAGUUUGUUGGGCUGUGUUGCUCAAGGCAGACUCUCAGGACCAACACUACGACAACAAACACCACGACCAGCACCACCACGACUAACACCACGAUAAACAUUCCAGUCAUUCCGGUGGUAGACAUUGAUCCUGCAACUGGUCUCCCCGUUGCAUCAUUUGAAUGGUGGAACUAUUUUCCAUUUAAUCCACUGACCACGACCACAACACCGCGGCCUACGACAACGACGACCACUACUACGACACCAAAACCUACGACAGGAACCGAUAUUUCGACACUUUGCGGUAACGAUGGAAUUCCCACUGUUCCCAUUGAUCCCCUUACGGGUCAACCGGAUCCUAAUUUCCCUUGGUGGCUGUGCUUUCCUUACUGGCUGAAAACAACAACAACAUCAACAACGACAACCACCACAACUACAACCACUCCUCCUCCUACAACAACAACAACUCCAACCACAACCACUACACCAACCACUACUACUACACCAACCACAACUACUACACCAACCACAACUACCACACCAACAACAACAACUGAACCGACCAUAACAACUGAACCAACUACAACAACAACCCCAACCACGACAACAGAACCAACUACAACAACAACCCCAACUACUACACCUACUACUACUACUACACCAACCACAACCACUGAACCGACCACAACCACUGAACCACCAACAACAACUCCGGAACCAACUACCCAGUCAGUAGAACUGCCAACAACAACCACUGAACUGCCAACAACCACUACUGAAGUCGCCACUACUGAAGCAACAACUCCAACGGAAGCUGUUACUACAACCGUUCUUCCCUCAACAACAACUGAGGCCCCCUCAACAACCACUAUGUCUCCAACAACAGCAGCUGAGGUCAUCCCAACAACCGCCGAAGCUACCACAACAAAAAUAACAACUGAGGCCACUACAACAACCACUACGUCCCCAACAACAGCAGCUGAGGUCAUCCCAACAACCGCCGAAGCUACCACAACAAAAAUAACAACUGAGGCCACUACAACAACCACUACGUCCCUAACAACAGCAGCUGAGGUCAUCCCAACAACCGCCGAAGCUACCACAACAAAAAUAACAACUGAGGCCACUACAACAACCACUCUUCCUCCUCCAACAACAACCACCCCUACCACCACUACUCAGCGCACCACGAAGCCAUCCAAUCCACUGCUCAGUGCAGAGGGCUGUGGUAUUGGACCUUACAAAUCGCUGUCCUUUGACGAACAGGAUCGUAUUAUCGGCGGGACAGACGCUAUCAAAAACUCUUGGCCGUUCGCUGUGGCCAUACUCAACAACGGGAAACAAUUUUGUGGCGGCUCUCUGAUCGAUACGAUUCACAUUUUAACGGCGGCUCAUUGUGUGGCUCAUUUGUCUUCGUGGGACAUCCCCCGAUUGGAAGUAGUCCUGGGAAUGCAUACCCUUAAGCCCCGUAUCGAUCCCCAGGCGAUACGGAAGAGAGUCUUGCGCGUGACCCGUCACAAAGGAUUCGAUUCCAAGACUUUGUAUAACGAUAUCGCAAUCAUCACAUUGGUCUCGCCGGUGGCGUACGGACCCACCAUCUCUCCCAUCUGCCUCCCAACGACGAGUUUCUACACAUCGUACGCAGGGAAAGAAGCCGUUGUUGUUGGAUGGGGAUCUCUAAAGGAGGGCGGCACACAGCCAAACGUUCUGCAGCAAGUUACUGUCCGAGUCAAGACCAACGCCGAGUGCAAAAAGAAUUACGGGAUAGAUGCACCGGGAGGCAUCGCAAAUCACAUGCUAUGCGCCGGCACCGCUGGCAAAGACGCCUGUAGUGGUGACAGCGGAGGUCCUCUAGUCAUCCAGUCAGCUCGCGGCGCUCCGUGGGUGCAGGCUGGCAUCGUCAGCUGGGGCAUCGGAUGUGGUCAAGCCCCUUACCCUGGAGUCUACACUCGAACCGCUUCCUUCAUGAACUGGAUCAGGACCAAUGCGCAGUUCGAAGACGAAGAGCGACGCUCAGUUGUCGCAUUUUUCUAUUAAUUUCCACAACCGAUGGCGGAUCAAUUUAUUUAUCGUUUUUUGACAAAUAAUCUUUAAGUAAUGGAUUUGUUUUUAGGGCACGGCCAAUUCCUACUAAUCACGUUUACAAGUUAAAAUACAAUUCUUUCAUGGGCUCA